UUUCAUCAAAGCCGAAGAGAAACCCUACCAGAACUUGCUUUGAGAGCGGCGCUUCAAGAUUUCAUCUUUCAGCAUAAACGAUGUCUUCUGUUAGUGAAGCUGCUUGCUCUUAUGCUGCUUUGAUUCUCCAUGAUGAUGGCAUCCCCAUCACCGCUGAGAAGAUUGCCACACUUGUUAAAGCUGCAAGUGUUAAUGUUGAGUCUUAUUGGCCAAGCUUGUUUGCUAAGCUUUUUGAGAAGUGUGACAUUGAGAAUCUCAUAACCAAUGUUGGAGCUGGUGGUGGUGCUCCGGUUGCUGCUGCUGCACCAGUUGCAGCUGCUGGUGGAGAUGGUGCCGCUGCUCCUCCUCCUGCAGAGGAAAAGAAGAAGGAGGAGCCAGAGGAAGAGAGUGAUGAUGACUUGGGAUUUGGUUUGUUUGAUUAGGAAUUCCACCCGGUUAACAGUUUCGUGGAUUAUGGUUUAGAUCAUUAAGCAUGAGGGUAGUUACUCUUUUGGAGUUUUAUUGGUAUUGGUAUUUGUGGAUUAAUUAUAAGUAUUGAUUUGAAUGAAGUGACAAUGAGUUGUGCUUUUCCUUUUGAAGAAUUUUCCAAUUUAUACGAAGUAUUUUAGACCCUCUUUUUUCACUUUGCAUUUUAGUGAAUUGACAUGAUUUAUCUCUUGCAAUACAUGAUUUUAUUUUGA